UUGAAUCGUUGUAGAACUUUUUUAUUUAUAUUAAUUGUAGGAACCCGCUCUGUCUCUGCGGAUUCUCCUCAGAGAUCCCCAUCGUAUGCUAGCGAUAGACCUUCACCUUCGCCGAGGCCUUCGCCUUCGCCGACAGGUACCGCCUCUAGAAUUGCGGCAGCAGCUGGAAAAAAGCCAAGUUUCUUGACUGUGGUUGAAGAUGCGAAAGGAAAAAAGCAUGUUCGUAGAGCUGCAUCAUCCGCUACUCGAAAAGUUCCACUUGACAUGCUCGAUAAAGCGGGACCUGCACCAUCCAUGUUCGAGAAAGCAACAAAGCUGGGUAUGGAUUACCAGACAGCUGCUGAAAAGUACAAGGAGUAUGUUGAGAGUGGCGCUGUGCAAAAGGAGAAACAUCGCUCGCAAACACCGCCUAUGAAGAGGAAAGAAAGCAGAUUGACUCGAGCUGUAGAGAACUGGAGAAGUAAUCGAGCAAAGCGAAAGUGGAAACAGGUGCUGGAUUCUGAUGAAGUCAUGGCAGGCUACGAACUAGAUUUUCUUCGUCUGAAAGAGAUGGACACAGAAGAUAAAGAUACCGUAGAUGGCGGUUUUAAGCUAUGGAUAGGCAAAGACUACGUCAACUACGUCCGCAAGGAUUUCAUUGAUGUUGAUUUACCCUUCCAUGACUUCAUUGACCGAGGAACAACUCCACGAAUGCCAUGGCAUGACAUUCAUUCUGUGACCUUUGGCGAUGCAGCUAGGGAUGUCGCCAGGCAUUUUAUACAACGGUGGAAUGCAACGAAAACGGAGAAGUGCAAGGAUGACACCAAUUAUCCUUAUCUGCUUCCGAAAAGCCAUGAGAACCUCAAAGUCCCACGAGUAUUUAGAAAUCCUGACUUUAGCUACAACGUGAACAUUCAGGUGUGCUCAUGCUUUCGUUUGAUUCAGUUUUGA